AUGUCGUCUUCAACUUCUGUUUCUUCCUCUCGGUCGUCUUUCCAGUCGCCGCCUCUACGCCCCAGGCCCCGACCCGCGUCCUCCAAAACAAACCCCUCCGAGUCCCCCAGAGGCUCUAACAAUAACAUCCUGCUCUUUCUCAUCGCCUUUCGUCUUCUCAAUGCCCUAACGGUCCGCACCUUCUUCCAGCCUGAUGAAUUCUUUCAGUCGCUGGAACCCGCGUGGCAGAUCGCCUUCGGGGAGAGUCAGGGGCCCUGGAUUACCUGGGAAUGGACACAUCAGCUGAGAUCCUCCCUGCAUCCGCUAAUUUUCGCUGCGGUGUAUUCCUCUGCCGACCUUCUCGCACGCGCCGUCCGCCUCGCCCCCGCCUCCCGUGCUGACCUUCUCGUCGCCGCUCCCGGGAUAACGCAGGCCGUUAUCGCGGCCCUCGGCGAUUUCUAUACGUGGAAACUAGCUAAAUAUGUGUAUGGGAGUAUGGGCUAUGAGGCCUGGGCAACGCUGGUCUUGACCGUGUUAAGCCCUUGGCAGUGGUUUUGCUCUACGCGGACACUCUCCAACUGUCUGGAAACUACCAUAACAAUAGUUGCCUUGUACUCAUGGCCCUGGGAGUGGUCUCUAGGUUCGUCCCGUGGUGCCGGUGGGCGCGGAACGAAUAGUGAUGAUAAUAUGGUCCUUGGGUAUCACAGAUAUAGACUACGUCGAUGCCUUUUGCUAGCAGCCUUUGCGUGUAUUCUGCGCCCCACCAAUAUCAUCAUCUGGAUCUGCCUAGCUACUGCGGUGUUGUACCGGAGCUCUUGGGCAAGCAGAAAGAUUCUGGUUCGCGAAGCUGUUCUCUGUGGAUCCACUGUCCUGGCUAUUUCCCUCUUGUCUGAUCGCGUCUUUUACGGGAUCUGGACCUUCCCGCCCCUAAGAUUCCUGCACUUUAACAUUGCACAGUCACUGGCUGUGUUUUAUGGCAGAAACGAUUGGCACUACUAUGCAUCUCAAGGAUACCCUCUCCUCCUUACUACAGCACUACCAUUCGCGCUUGUGGGUUUGUACCGGGGACUGACACGUGCUGGAUCACGUGCAACACCCAGAUAUCCCAUCCUCCUGCAGCUUUCGUCCAUUUGCUUGAUUAUGCCCAUAUCUUUGUCUCUGAUUUCACACAAAGAAGUACGGUUCAUAUACCCUUUGUUGCCAUCGCUGCACAUUCUUAGCGCAUCGCCCGUGGUGGAUUUCUUCCUUCCCGCGAUCUCCAGCACUAAUCGUCGAUAUACUCCGAGGAGACUCACUUUCAUCUUCCUAGUCUUGGUCAAUAUUGUUAUUGCCGUUUAUACUACCGUCUUUCACGCUUCUGGAGUCAUUUCCGUCUUGUCUUAUCUUAGGGAUCAGCAUGAGAUUCAUGGGACCGCUAUUAAACCAGCGGCACCUAAGCAGGCUAGCUCCGCGGCUGAUGGUUUUGUCGGGAUCACAGCCGGGUUCCUCAUGCCUUGCCAUAGCACCCCCUGGCGCUCCCACCUCGUCGAGCCCUCUAUUCACGGGUGGGCUUUAUCUUGUGAGCCACCGGUGGGGUUAAGUGAGGCGCAGAAAGCGGUAUAUCGAGAUGAAGCCGAUCAGUUCUACGAUAAUCCUAAACGGUUUCUACGUGACAACAUGGUUGGCGGUCUCAGAUACAUUCCGCGCAGGCCUUCAUACCGUACCCAUCCAAGCCAACCAUCGUUAGCCACGCAGCGAAGUAGUCCGCAUGAAUGGCCAGAUUAUCUAAUCUUUUUCGCACAACUGGAGCCGACACUCAAUAGCCUGCUCCGAAGCUCGUCGUAUGGAGAGUGUUGGAGAACAUACAAUACUGCCUGGCAUGAUGACUGGCGUCGUCGAGGCGACGUUGUGGUCUGGUGCCUCGACCCGAAUGAGCAGCAAAGCUGGAGAGCAGAAAAGCGGAAACGCGAGGUCGAGGAACGAGAUCGCCAGUUUGACCGUGUCAUUCAGUCCUUCAAAAGGGAGGCUGGAGGUAGCAAGAAAUCGUCUUCUUUCCAGUGGUGGUGGACUAGCCCAUCAUCCACUCCGUCCUGGUCGUGGCCGUGGGAACGACGCAAGCGAGUUACCUUGUUUGGAAUUCAGCUACCUGAUGUCUCAUUUCCGACGUGGAAACUUCCCUCCUGGAAAUGGCCUGGGUUUGGGAAAAAGAAGUCCAAAGCGACCAAUCGAGAUUUGUGGUCUUGA